UACAUACAUACAUCCGUACAAAUAUACAACAAGACAUCAGCCCAAGCUGCAGUAUUUAUCAAUCAGAGUGUUUGUCACUGUUGUUCCGUAUUGUCGUCGUUGUGUUUUGUGUUGUUUUUUUAUUUCUUGUUUAAUCAUCGAGUGCAACAAACAUUACAACUCGAACCCGACCACCAGUUGCCCACCCACCCGCAGCUGCUUUGCGAAUACGAUCACGAAUCAAACAUAAAUCAACAUCAAUCUAAUCAAACAUAAUGGAAAUUUGGCGCUCUGUCACAGUUAGCGCAUUUCUACUAUUCGGAUUUGUAUUUUUCUAUAGUACUGUGGAGGUGGAAUCGUGCAAUGAAGUCGUCUGCGCCUCAAUUGUCUCCAAAUGCAUGUUGACGCAGAGUUGCAAGUGUGAGCUCAAGAAUUGCUCCUGUUGCAAAGAGUGUCUCAAAUGUCUGGGCAAAAAGUACUAUGAGGAAUGCUGCAGUUGUGUGGAGCUGUGUCCAAAACCCAACGACACGCGCAAUUCGCUGUCAAAGAUGUCCCAUGUCGAAGAUUUUGAUGGCGUUCCCGAGCUCUUCAAUGUACUAGCCAAUACACCUGAGGACAGUAAUUUUGAUUACGAUUGGGAUGUUUUCACAUUUCAAGUAGAUUUCGAUACCGUUUUGGCGGGUCCGAAGCUGGAAAAGGAUGUUAAAUACUAUCUAAAAACAAAUGAUAAGAAUCUAGAAGAGGCCAUGAAGGAACGCGAUAAUAUUGUAACCGUCAAUUGUACAGUCAUAUAUUUGGAUCAGUGCGUUUCUUUGAAUAAAUGCCGUCAGAGCUGUCAAACAACAGGAGCGAGCAGUUAUAGAUGGUUUCAUGAUGGUUGCUGUGAAUGUGUGGGCUACACUUGUAUUAACUAUGGCGUCAAUGAGAGUCGCUGUAGGCAUUGUCCUGAAUCGAAAGACUUAACUGAUGAUUUUGACGACGAUAUGAAUGAAGAAAUGCAGGAUUUCGGCGAUAAUAUGGGUCCUUUUGACGGCUCAGUGAAUAGUAAUUAUUAAAAGCAGCAAACAAAUGCCAUUUUAUAAACAAAACGAAACUAUAUUUAACAAAUUAGUUACUCAAAACAGUGACAUUAAUAUUGUGUAGUACGAAAUAAUAUUUGUAUAGCAUUAUUGAUUAUUAUUAUUUUUUUUAUUUAAAAUUUUAGGCACUUUUGAUUGUUUUGCAUUUUGAAUACUAAAAAUGAAAAUAAAUGUACUUUGUAUAUUGUA